GACAGAAACACACGACCUCUAAAAAAUGGAGCAAACUCUAUAUUUCAUUCUUCUUCUCAUUGCUCUCUGCUCCGUAUCUGAAUGUGUUCAGCGUCAGUAUUACUUUAUAAGUGAGGCGAAGACCUGGACUGAAGCUCAGAGAUACUGCAGAGAGGAAUACACAGAUCUGGCCACCGCUGACAACAUGAACGACAUGAACGAGGUGAAGAGAGUGAUUGAUAAAGGUUUGAAAAACUAUGUCUGGAUUGGGCUGAAGAAGACGAGUGUUGAUGAAUGGCACUGGUCUUCAGGUGAACCUGCGCUCUAUCUGAACUGGUCUACUGGACAACCAGAUGGCAGAGAUGAGGAGUGUGCUGUGAUAAAGAAUGGACAAUGGCAUGAUUUGUCAUGUAGUGCAGCUCGUAAUUUCAUCUGCAACAACACAAACACAGGACUCGUCUUUGUCAAUCAGACGAUGAAUUGGAGAGAAGCUCAGAGUUACUGCAGACAGAAUCACAUUGAUCUGGUCAGUGUGAGGAACCAGAAUGAGAGUCAACAGCUUCAGCAGUUCAUUAGCAAUGAUAGUCACAUAUCUGGUGAUGUCUGGAUCGGUCUGUUCAGAGACUCAUGGCAGUGGUCAGAUCAGAGUGACUCCUCAUUCAGAUACUGGAAGUCUGGUGAACCUAAUGAUGUCAAUGAAAAAUGUGCAGCAAUCACUGAUAACACUCUAGGACAUUGGAAUGACGUCCUUUGCGACAAGCAUUAUCCUUUUGUUUUCUGCUUGUGGUUUGUUUUGUGUCCAGAAAAACUGAUUCUGAUCAAAGAGAAUCUGACGUGGUCUGAAGCUCAGAGAUACUGCAGACAGAAUCAUACGGAUCUGGUCUCGGUUCAUUCAGAAGAGAUUCAGCGUCGCGUGAUGAAUGUGGUUAAACAGGCGUCUACUGAGGCGGUGUGGUUGGGUUUACGUCACUCCUGCACUCUGGGCCUCUGGUUCUGGGUGAGCGGACAGACCGUGUGCUAUCAGAACUGGGCUCCAGGGAACGGCACAGGAGAGGACUGUGAGCGUACAGUGAGAUCUGGAGCAGUUCAGUCUGGAGAAGAUCAGCGCUGGAUCAGCCGUCCUGAGACUGACAGACUCAACUUCAUCUGCAGCAGAAAUUAAGAGUGAAGGAUUCGUUUGUGCUGUUCUUUCACUUUCAUUUUGCCUUGUUCAAUCUUUUUCUUAGAAUUGGCAAACACUUUUUGUUCUGUUUUCUUCAGAUAAUGUGCUUAUAUCAGUACAAUGAAAUUAAUUUAAGAGUAUAAAAUACCAGUGUGCACUAUAUAUGUUUUAAAGACCCCAUGAA